GAGAGGAACUUUGACAACAUGAGAAGACAAUCCGGACCUCCAAAAAUAAAGUCUCCUAAGAUAAGAUAAAAUAAAAUAGAAUACAUUAGACUGAUGAAAGUAUGUUGGAUAAGUGGUAGAACAUUUCAGGAUGAGGAGACAAAUCAAGAUGACUCAAUUCAAGACCCAAGAAGAAUGAGACAUGAUUCUCUCACGAGUUUUUUUAUUUAUUUAUUUUUUAUUAAUUUCUGUUUUCUUAAAGUGAAGAUCGUUAAUUUUUUAUUGACUGACAUAUUUUUCUCAUUUAUUUCUUUUUUUUUCAUUUAUUUUUCUUCCUUUAUUGUUGCUGUCUCCAAACACUCUCAAUAAAGUUUAUUUAAACGUGCGUCGUGACGUAAUCGACAACAACAAUGGCAGCCAGUGGUUCAACUGUAACAGUUCUGACUCCAAACGGGAGAAGGCAAGCGGUCAAAGUGACGCCAAACUCACCUUUGCUACAGGUGCUGGAGGAGGUCUGUGGAAAAAAUGGUUUCAACCCUGAAGAAUAUGGCCUGAAGUUUCAGAGGACAGUGUUGGACCUGACGCUGCAGUGGAGGUUUGCCAACCUUCCCAACAAUGCUAAACUGGAAAUGGUGACAAGUUCUAGGAAACAAGCAGCAGCUGAAAGUCAGGUCCGGAUCGCGCUCCAGAUGGAAGACGGUUCUCGGCUGCAGGACUCCUUCUGCUGUGGGCAGAGUCUGUGGGAGCUCAUCACCCACUUCCCCCCCAUCAGGGAGUCCGACCUGUCCGGAUCAGGAUCUACCCCAGUUUGUGUUUACAUGCGGGACGAGGUGAGCGGCGAGGAGGCGCUGAAGAAGACCUCCCUUAAAUCUCUGGGUCUGACAGGAGGAAGUGCCAUCAUCAGGUUUUUACUGAAGAAGGAUAAAGAUGAAGAUGCUGCUGUGCCAUUCACAUCUGUUGCCACGGUAACCGAGCAGAGCCAAGUGUCUCUGUCUGAUCCUGCUCCAUCACCCUCGGAAGGUUCCACAUCUGCCCCACCUGAAAGCUCCAGACCCGUCGACCCGCCAGAACCUCCUGCAAAGCCGACAAGCAGCACUUCAGCUCAACACAGGGACGCUCAGCCCCAACCCCCCCCCACCGCAAUUCCCACACCUGCUCAGGAAGAGGAGCAAGCUGGACCGUCGGGAUCGAACUCUCAGCCCUGCUCUUCUGUGGCUCCCUCAGCUCCUUUUGUUCCUUUUUCUGGAGGGGGUCAGCGGCUUGGGGGGGCAGGUGUGCACCCGCUGGCUUCCUCCGCCUCCCCGUCAGGUUUCCCUGCUGCGGUGGAAUCACCUAAAGCCAAGAAGGCCAAAGGCAGCCACAGUUCAAGCACCAAGGGUAAAACUGCUGCUAACUUGAAGGACCAAGAGGAGGAUCCUGAGUUUUUGGAGCCGGUGGACAGGGAGCCGCUCAUCUACCACCUGGACUCCAGGCCCCAUCAGGGUGAGGACCUGGGAGAUCUGCCCGAUGAGUUCUUCGAGGUGACGGUGGACGACGUGCGGAAACGCUUCGCCCAGCUGAAAAGUGAGAGGAAACUGUUGGAAGAAGCUCCACUCAUGACUAAAUCUCUGAGAGAAGCACAGAUGAAGGAAAAGAUGGAGCGAUAUCCCAAAGUGGUCCUGAGGGUCCAGUUUCCAGACAGACAUGUCCUGCAGGGCUUCUUCCGGCCUCUGGAGACAGUCGGUGCUGUCAGACACUUCGUCAGGACUCACCUGGAUGAUGCUCAGCUCAGCUUCUACCUGUUCGUGGCUCCUCCAAAAACGGUUCUGGAUGACCCAUCAGUCACUCUCUUCCAGGCGGAUCUGUUUCCUGGAGCGCUGCUGUACUUCGGCUCUGAUGUCAAAACAGACUUUCACAUUCGAAGAGAGCUGCUGGAAACCUCCGUCUCAGCCCUGCAGGCAGACCGGACUCUGACAAGCUUCAUCAGCAGCUCCUCAGCGCCCUCCUGCAGCUCCACGACUGGAGCUGAUGAUCCGGUUCUUCCCCCAGAACCUGCAACGUCUCCACAGAAACCAGAACCAACUUCACACGACCGGGCAGAUAAACCUGCCAGAACCGACCCGGGAAAGGUGCCCAAGUGGCUCAAACUUCCAGGUAAGAAGUGAAGACUGAAGAGAGGAUAAAAGACUCGCUGCUUCUCAUCUGAAGACUUUCUGACCACAGUAGACCCCCACCCCCCACCCCAAUGGAGGAACGUGCUUCUCUGAACUAAAUACAAUAAAGGUUUUUGUUUUAAAAGGUGUUUGUUUUUAGUUCAGCCUCCAGCAUGUUUGUUUACUGUUUGAAAGAAGGCCUCACAUGCACAAACAUGAACUAAUAAACGGGAUUCAAACCAGGAACCUUCAAA